UAUCUACCCACUCUACCUUUUAAUCUCUAAACAUACUAGGUAGAAAAUGAUGAAAGGAGAUAAUCUUCGUAGUAUUCGUAGGGAUGGUCUGACUAUCGUCCACGAACCCGCGGCUGCAGAAAUCGACAUAUUUAUCCUUCACGGCUUAAACGGGUCACCAACUACGACAUUUCAAUCCGAACGCACUGGUUUCUUCUGGCCCGAGGACCUUGGUACGUGGUUGCCAAAUGCUAGGAUCGGUCUAUUUGGAUAUAUUGCCGAUGUACAAAAUGGAAGUGGUAAUUCGAUGGGAGCCCAACAACAUGCUGAAAGCCUACUUCUCCAUCUUAGGAAUAAUCGUAUAAAGCAGCAGUCAAAAAGACCGAUUGUCUUCAUAGGCCAUAGCUUCGGCGGCCAAGUCAUCAAACAGGUUUUUAAAAGCUGAAUCUACUACUAAGAGAGAAAUUCUCAUCAUUUUAUCCAG